GCGGGGCCUCCCGCUCUCCCCCUCCGAGCGGCGCAGAGGGCGGCGCGGGCGCCAUUUUGUGAGGAGCCCCCGAAGGCGGCGGCGGCGGCGGCGGGAGCGGAGCCGGGGCCGGAGCGCGCGAUUUUUUUAGAGCCGGCGGCGACCGCGCCCACCCCUCCCCCCGCCAUGGCCAGCAACGUGACGAACAAGACGGACCCGCGCUCGAUGAACUCGCGGGUCUUCAUCGGGAACCUCAACACGCUGGUGGUGAAGAAGAGCGACGUGGAGGCCAUUUUCUCCAAGUACGGCAAAAUCGUCGGCUGCUCCGUCCACAAGGGCUUCGCCUUCGUCCAGUACGUCAACGAGCGCAACGCCCGGGCGGCCGUGGCCGGCGAGGACGGGCGCAUGAUCGCCGGGCAGGUCCUGGACAUCAACCUGGCGGCCGAGCCCAAGGUGAACCGCGGCAAGGCGGGGGUGAAGCGCUCGGCGGCCGAGAUGUACGGAUCCUCCUUCGACCUGGAUUACGACUUCCAGCGCGAUUAUUACGACAGGAUGUACAGCUACCCCGCCCGCGUCCCCCCGCCCCCCCCCAUUGCCCGCGCCGUCGUCCCCUCCAAGCGCCAGCGGGUCUCGGGCAACACGUCGCGCCGGGGCAAGAGCGGCUUCAACUCCAAGAGCGGCCAACGGGGCUCCUCCUCCAAAUCGGGCAAGUUGAAAGGCGACGACCUGCAGACGAUCAAGAAGGAGCUGAGUCAGAUCAAGCAGAAGGUGGACGCGCUGCUGGAGAGCCUGGAGCGCAUCGACAAGGAGCAGAAGCAGAAGAGCGAGAAGGCGGAGGAGGAGCAGGGCGGCAGCGCGGGGAAGAAGGAGGAGGGCGGGGGCGGGGCCAAGGCGGAGGCGGGCGGGGACGACUCGGCCGAGGAGGGCGACCUGUUGGACGACGAGGAGGCCGAGGAGCGGGGGGACGACCAGCUCGAGUCCAUCAAGGGUGACGAGAAGGAGGCGGAGGAGGGCGAGGACGACCGCGACAGCGCCAACGGCGAGGACGACUCCUAAACCCCUCCCCCGCCCCGAAACUGAGCCGGGACCCCCCGAAACCGCGCCCCCCCCCGCCCCUCCCCCCCCGCCGUGUUCGUGGUGUCGUGCCCCCUCCCCCCACCCCCCCUCCCCCCGCCCGUAGUUCGGCUUCGCCCCUCCCCCACCCACCCCCCAACAUUCGCCCCUCCCCCCCCCCCUUUUAAUUUUGAUACCUCGUUACGACUUGACGAUUAAAGGACGGAUGGUUUGUA